AUGAGGGAGGGGUGUGAGGACAGAUAUGACAUCGAAAAGGAUCACCGGAGAAGUGGUCUGAUUGGUCUGAAACACCGGAUGCAUGUUAUUGGCUUGGAGUACUGUCAAUCACUUGUUACUUUUUUAUUUUUUUUUUGCAACACAGAAAGUGAAAGUGUGGGUCGUCACCCUUUAACUUCCUUUCGAUUGCAUGCAUUAAUUCAACAGUUGAGUUAAAUGUGACUUUCAAAUCCCGUGCUGCGGAUGGCAUUUGAACCAGGAGUGGUUUACUUUAAGGUUGAUCGCUGUUACAGUUGACCACUGUUGUCUUUAACAGGACCUUGUAGUCACGUGUCAAUUGUGCGCAUGCGUGCCAUCGAAGGCUCGCACGGCGUCCACUUUCGCUCGCCCCAAUUUAACGCUGAAUGAGAUAAACGGUCAUAUUUAAUCGGCAAACUCGCUCCCUCGAUUGAUUUGUCUCGAACAAAUUGUUUGUGGACCGACGCAGGAAGCUCGAUGUCGGUGGCAAACGCGAAGCUUAGUGUCCUGAAACCGGUGAUCCCAUACACAGGAUCAAUACCUGGAGGCCUGCACCCCGGAGAGAUCAUCAUCAUCCAGGGCACUGUCCCUUCAAAUGCUGACAGGUUUCAGAUUGACCUGUCCUGCGGCGGCAGUACCAGGCCGCCUUCUGACGUGGCCUUGCACUUCUGCCCUUGUUUUGAGGGCUCCCCCUGCGUGCGAUGCAACUCUUUGCUGCAGGAGAUCUGGGGCCAAGAGGAGACGGUGCAGCAGCUGCCUUAUAAACGCGGGGCCCCUUUCGAGACCAUCAUCCUGGUGCGCGAGGACGCCUUCAAGGUCAGAGAUGCCUGAACCGAGAACUGUGAGGCAGAUGGGCAA